UGAAUAUUUUGAUAGUUUCUGUAAAUAUGAGUGUGGACAGUGAAGAUGAAAGUUCCAUCCUUACUGGAUUUUUGUUUGGAAACAUUGAUGAGGCAGGAAAUUUUGAAAAUGAGUUUUUUGAUUCCAAUGAACGAAAACAGCUUGUUUCUCUUGGGAAGUUGGGUUUGGGUUCCUUUAUGGAAGACAUAUUGAGCGAUGAAACAUUAAAAGAAGAAAUUGAAAGUGACUUCGAAACCUAUGAUGUCACACACAUAAAACAAACUGGUACUGGGAUUGAAAACUUUGGUUUACAAGGCAGCUUACCUUCCGAAGUAUAUAUGUCACAAGACAGCCAAAAUGAAGGAGGUUUUAGUCGAGAACAUUCCAGCCGAAGUAGUUAUUCAGGACAAAGCGGAUAUCAUUCUGGUUCUGAUGUUGAGUUACCAUUCGCUGAAGAUUUCUUUGAUAUGACUGAACUUGCAAACGAGGAGGCAGGCUGCAUAAAUGAAGAUUAUGAUGCUGAUGAUGAAACUCCUAAUGAAUAUGUCAAGCUCAUGCCUACACAGAAGAUACCUGUUAUUAAAGUGUCGCUAGAACCAAACAGUUCACAAGUAGUUGUCUAUGAAGCUGACAAUGGUAACAAGAAAUUCGAGACUCCUUUGGCUGCAGUUCCUUCUUCUAAAUAUAGUAAUAUAGAUGUGACAGAACUAUUUCCAGAUUUUCGCCGUGGAAAGGUUUUGAGGUUUUCCAGGCUUUUUGGUCCUGACAAACCAAGUAGUCUACCCAAAAUUUGGGAAAAUGUGAGGAAAGAACAUGAGGCACGUGAACACAAAGGCAAGCUGCGUGAUACUGACUCAAAUUCUGGAGUUGAAAAACCUAGACAUAAAGGUUGGUUGUUUGAUUAUGCAGAUCCUAAACCAGAACUACUCAUGAGUGAUGAUGAGGAAAAGUUUCUGAAGCCUGCAGUGGCCACGAGUGCAGGAAAUGAUCAAAACAUGAAGGAAAAGGAUGAUUCAGAUCCAAACGCAGCAGGGUGGAGGUUUGGUCCAGCACAACUCUGGUAUGACAUGCUUGGAGUACCGGAAACAGGUGAGGGAUUCAAUUAUGGAUUCAAAAUGAAAGACAGGCCAGACAGUGAAUCAGUGGUAGAGAUAACUGACGAAAAUGAGCCAUUAGAAAAAAAACAAGACCAACAGUAUCCAGAUGAUGCUUUCUUGAUGGUUUCUCAAACGAAUUGGGAAGAUGAUGUAAUUUGGGACGGAGAUGAGAUAAAACGAAAGGUGUUGCAAACUUUAAGUUCUAAAACUAAUGCGGCGGGAUGGAUCCCCUGUAGUGGCACUAGGACAGCCCCGCCUUUUAGCCAAUCAGGUGAAAUAGGUACGUCAGCUGGGAUGCCUGGCCAGGAGCAGGAUGACACUAGAUGUUCUAUGUUUCCUGUAGAAAAUGAAGAACUAGUUUAUGGUAGAUGGGAAGAUGAUGUUAUCUGGGAUGCUGAUGACAUGAAGAAAAUUCCAAAACCGUCAAUCUUGACUCUGGAUCCUAAUGAUGAGAAUAUUAUUUUUGGAAUACCUGAUGAUAUUGACCCUUUCAAACAAAUCGCAGGUCAAGCUACUUCUGUGGAGAAUAAGAACUCCUUUUCUCACAUAAAAAAAUCUAUGAUGUUGUUAGAAAAAGCAGGUGUUAUAAAUGUUCUUCAAGAAGAUUCUUUCCCCCCGCCUCCGAGGUCACCUGACAGGGAUCCAUUCAAUAUUUCAAAUGACAAAUACUACCAGCCCAUAAAUUCAGAAAAAGCUCUAACGCUUAAGGUAGCUGGUGCAAAUUCGAUUCAACAUUCCAUACCUGUGUUAGAGUUGAGGGCUCCUUUUAUCCAAACUCAUAUGGAUUCGAUGACAUUGAGGAAUUUCCAUAGACCGGCAAUGAAAAGAUUUUUACAUGGACCUCUGUCUCGGGCUGGCCCUCAUGGUGUUAUGCCUCUGAUGGAGCAUAUCAAGACAAAAGCGAAGGAACGAGAAGCUGAGAAAAAGGCUAUUGGAGGUGUCGAUGUGUUCUCUAUGAGGACCCCCGAAGACUUGACUGGACGAGAUGGUGAAUUGAUUCUGGUAGAAUUUUGUGAGGAAUAUCCCCCAUUAAUGAAUCAAGUUGGAAUGUGUUCCAUAAUCAAAAACUAUUAUAAGAGGAAAGCUGGGAAAGACUCUGGUCCUCCUACAUAUAGAUACGGAGAGACUGUCUAUGCUCGUACUUCUCCGUUUUUAGGUGUAUUGCUCCCGGGUCAGUCCAUCCAGGCUAUAGAAAACAACAUGUAUCGGGCUCCACUGUAUGAACAUAAUAUUCCAGAAACUGACUUCAUAGUCAUAAGAACUCGACGGCAGUAUUAUAUUCGGGAAAUGGAUUCAAUAUAUCUUGCUGGCCAGCAAUGCCCUUUGUAUGAAGUGCCAGCGCCAAACUCCAAAAAGGCAAAUCAUUUUGUUAGAGACUUUCUUCAGGUUUUUAUAUAUCGUUUAUUCUGGAGAAGCAAGGAUAUCCCUAGAAAAAUAAAAUUGGACGAUAUCAAAAGAGUCUUUUCCUCUUAUUCCGAAUACAGCAUUAGGAAAGGAUUGAAGCUUUGUGCUAACUUCAAAAGGACAAGCAUGGAUUCGAAAGGGUGGGUUAUCAAAUCAGAAUUCACUCUACCAACCGAAGAAGAAAUUAGAGCUAUGGUAUCUCCCGAACAAUGUUGUGCAUACUUUAGUAUGAUAGCUGCAAAGCAACGUUUGAAGGAUGCUGGCUAUGCUGAAAAAUUCACUUCCGCGGAAGACGAUGAUGAAGAAAUACAAUCGAAAAUGGAAGAUGAAGUUAAAGUUGCUCCUUGGAACACUACUCGAGCAUAUAUUCAGGCUGUGAAUGGUAAAUGUCUCCUUCAGUUGACUGGACCCGCUGAUCCUACAGGUUGUGGGGAGGGUUUCAGCUAUGUCAGAGUCACAAAUAAGCCAACUCAGAAUAAAGAACAUGAAUCUCAACCUAAAAGGGCUGUAACUGGAAGGCUGUCUGUAAACAAAUCCAAAGCCUUAGUGAGAAAUUUUGGAGUUCCAGAAGAAGAUAAUAAAGAACUCUCACGUUGGGAAAUUGUUGAUGUACUAAGAACACUUUCUACAGAAAAAGUUAAAGCUGGGGGAGAGGGAAUAGACAAGUUUUCCAGAUGUAACAAACUCACUAUAGCUGAUGAAAAUCAAGAAAGGUACAAAAAGGAAUGUCAACGCAUAUUUGACUUACAAAAUCGAGUUCUGGCAUGUGCUGACGUACUGAGUACUGAUGAGGGAGAGAGUUCGGAGGAUAUUGAGGAAAUGGGCAAAAAGAUUGAAGAUAUGUUAAUUAACAAGAAAACAAGCACGCGAGAAGAAUACGAAAGACAAGAAUUAAGAAAAAUAAUGGAGAGCGAUAAAGAAAGACCAGAAGAUAAGAAGAAAUUCAAAGAAGUAAAUUAUGGCCAACGUUACCCUCAAGGCCGAGUAUUGAGGAUAGUUCGUACACUCAAAACUCCUGAAGGCGAAGUGUACCAUAGACAAGAAAUCGUUCGAAAUCAAGCUGUGAUAGACUUUUACGUUAAAAUCCGCAAGUCAAAAGAUGAAGCUUUCAUCCGACAAUUUGCUAAUUUAAAUGAAGCUGAAAAAGAGGAAUUGAAGAAAGAAAAACGUAAGAUACAAGAUAAAUUAAAAAGGAUUAAGAAAAUUCAGGAAAAGGUGGGAAUGGCUGGUGGUCAUGUGCAGACUACACCAGUUGUUAGUUUGCCGUCUGCAAACUCUAUGGAAAAUCUGUCCAAACCUAUUAAAUGUGUUUCUGCUCCUGUCAAACCUACGUCGAGCAAAAGUACAACUUCCUCGCCCCUCAAGUCAAGUAGAAAGUCUAAACACAAAACUGAUUCGAAAUGUGGGGUCUGUGGCAAUGUUGGUCAUAAGAGAACAAGUAGAGCCUGUCCACUUUAUCAGAACACAACUGGCAUGAGUACUCCUAUGAAUGUUGCUAUGACAGAUAAACAAAAGAUAUGUAUUGGAAAACAACUCAACACUGAUGAUGAAGAAAUGAAACAUGGAAAUUCAAUGCUAAAAGUGCCUAGAAACGAUCUGUACAAUAAGAAGAGACCGCGGGAAAUCUCCGACUCACACUGUGAGGGAUCUGCGAAAUGGAGACGAACUGUUUCAGUUGUUCGGUUGUCCAAUCUACAUUUACAAAAAGUGGAAGAUUCACAUCAUGACACCGAAAUGAAGAUAUUUGAAGAUUUAGCAUUGAGUGAAAGUGACGAUGAAGUUGCCAAUAUUCCUCAAGAGCCUAUGCAGGGAGAUUAUGAUGCAGGCGCCAUUUGGUUUUAAAUUUUUAAAUGUUCAAUGUUAUACUCUCGGAAAAAAUUCAUGACACCGAUGUGAAGAUCCGUGAUGAUUUAGCAGUGAGAGAAAAUGGAGAUGAAGGUGCAAAUAUUCCUCAAGAGCCUAUGUAGGAGAAUGAUGGUACAAGCGAUUUUUGUAAAGUAAUACUUUGACUUGUGUGUUCAUAUAUCGAUAUAUAUUUUAGGUUAUGAAAGAAAAAUAAAAAUGUUGGAUUG